UCCGGCUUUGUUGUUUUGUUUGUUGAGUCUUUCUGCUUGAUUGUCUGCUGUCAGUGGCUUCUAGUUCAUUCAGUAAUCUUUUGUAUGAAGUUAUGGAUCCUGUGUCCUGUGUGGUGGUUUGUUAUUGGCAUGUGCUGGCUGAGGUGGUCUCCUCCUCUCUGUCAUGUGGUUGCAGCUGAGUUUGAAGAGGAUUCAAGAACAAGGUCAUAUAAAAGAGACCAGCUCAACAACAGGACAUUACUGUGAAGGUGUCUUUAAGGUGACAAACAUGGCCGGGGUUUCUGGUGAGAAGAGUGGGACUCAGCCUCAGUUCAAGAGUGACUCCAGGAAGAUAACCACAACCAUCCGUCUUCAAGACAUUUACAAUCCCAAACCUUCCCAAGCCCCCGUCCGGAUCCGACCCCCAGCUCCAAAACCUCCCUUCACAAAGGAACAAAAUGUAAAGCACAGCAUUUCCAGUGAUCCCCCAACUAAAACUAUCAUUAGGAGGAGAGCUCAGUCUCUUCCUUCAUGUUCAGAGAGGAAGAAAGAACUGAGGAGGGCACAGGUACGCUUUGUGGAUGCACUAGGUCUGGAUUUAGAGGAGGUAAAGGUCUUCAAAGUCCAGGAGCACCCUUUAAUACCUCAACAUGUGAUGUUCAGGCUGCUGAUGAGCUCUGAACUGGCUUUUGGGAACUCACCAGAGCUGAGCCUGCCUUAUUUAAAACCUUGUUUCCCUGAAAAUAUGAGCACUCAGCCCGACUUCCUGGAUCGUCUCCACUCUCAGAGCGUGAGUCUGGAGCAGGUGGUGUGUUCAGAGCAAGGCAUAGCAGGAACCAUACAAGUACUUAACUUAGCUUAUGAAAAAGAGGUCAAAGUGCACUACUCUUUCACCAACUGGAGAACGCAUAUGGACACAGCAGCAUCCUGGGUAUCAAGUGGGCACCAUGAGAAGGUCGACUCUCCGGACAAAGAUGUCUUCAGAUUUCAUCUACCUGUUCCACCCUUCGUUCUGCAGCCGGGAGCCAUAUUAGAAUUUGCCAUCUGCUACCAUGUAAAUGGAUCUGAUUACUGGGACAACAACAACGGCAACAAUUACAAACUUUCAUGCUACAGCUAUAAGGUGACUGUACCAAGGGAGUGUGAAGGGAGCAUGCUGCACUUUACAUGAGUGGCCACACGGGGGAGCUAUAGCUCCUGCAAACAGAACCAGUUAAACAUUAAUUCUCCACAGAGAAGCGACUGAAUGUAAUUGAAUUAAUUCAUAUAAGUCUUCAGAUCACUGUUAGGGCACUUUAACUUUAUCAGACACUUAAUACCUUUAUUGCAAACAUAGUACUUUUUGCUCUUUGACAUGUAUCAGAAUUAUUCUUGCAGAUGAGUUUCUUGUCCAUAUUAGAAAUAUCUGAGAUUUCAUUUAUGCACACCUUCAGAGGUGAGGCCAGAUAAUUCUUGUGUUAUGCAUAGAAUACUGGAGGAACUGAGGACUUGUGGACUGGAGCUUCAUAGAAGAGUUGGUGAUAUGAGAAGUUAGGCUUGAGCAGAAGCUACUGUAGGUGGAAAUGACAGUAGAAGAAAGGAGGAGAAGCUACUUGUGUUUUUGCCCCUGUUGCAAAGAUGACAGAUCUGGUGUGUUCUGUUUAUGGCUGUAACAGAAUGAAACCAGAUUAUCUUCAUUUCUGAAGAGCUGGUUUGCUAAUUUAAAGUAGCACUACUGAACUUUGGCAGAUUUUCCCCUGACAGCCCCCUGACAACUGUUUAUUCAGCAUGCAUCAUUCAUCCUGUGUCUUCUCUGAGGUCUCUCCUGCCAGUAAAAUCAGUCUGAUGUUGACUCUUCUCUUAUGUCUUGCUGUGUCCCUUUCUCUCUUUCUUAUCCUCUCCUGCUCUAAUAAUGUCCUCUUGCAUUUCUUUGAUAAAUCAGCCACAUUGCACAUUCAAAAUGGCUAGUGUGUUGAUAUCCAAUUGCUGGCAUGUGAUGUGGUGCGGAAGCGUUUUAAAGUUUGCAAGCUACAUAGUACUAUUUGAACUCCCAAAAGCUGAGUUUUUCAGAUGAAUCCCAUCAGGGUGGGACAUCUUGACAGUUUGGUAGUGAGUGUUUCAAGUAUUACAGCGACACUUUCUGACCUUAAAAAUAUGUGUUUAUGACUUGUUUUGAUGGCACACUGACAUUUAUGUGCCGCUGAGUUUCACUUUACAGAACUGCAUCAUAAGCUAGCAACUGGAUAUCAACACACUGGCUUUUUGAAUGCACACUAUGGUGGGUUCAACAAAGAAACACAAGAGGACAUAAUUGGAGGACAAAUGUAACCGGGUGGUCAUUUCUAAAACCCACUUUAUUUAAUAUUGCUGGUCAGGCCUGUCUAGGAGUUUAUACUGCUUUUGAACAGCAGGGGGCGUAUUUCCAUUUCUUGAUGGCGGUGGUCUCCGUGUUGGUGGGUGCUCCUGGAAAAACAAUUACAGAAGGUACAACAGAAAUUGCUCUCUGGAGGGAAUGUCAGCGGUGAGGAAAAUUUGCUGAUAAUCCCAUGCUAUUUAAGAACUACUUAUCACGAUACUGUUACACAAUGUUUGACUUUUGUCUAAUUGACUGAAUGAAAUCCAUAUUUCAUGUUGUUGCUGUGCUUGGAGUGUCGAUGGUGAUGGAAUGAGAGAACGGCACAUGCAGGUUGGAGGUUGUAAUAUGUUGAAAACCACCAUGAUUUGGUAUGAAAGACAAGCUUUGCAAUAAUAAAUAUUUUUCACAGUGACUGUAUAGUGAUGUUUAGAGGCAGUGUGGUGACUAUUGUUUGUCCAUUUAGCUGUCACUGCUUAUUGUGCUGCCACAUUUCUACCUAUUUUUUUGCACUGGUGCGCCAAGUGUUUUCCCCUGUUCUUUUUUUUUUUUGUUUUGUUUUGUUUUUUUGUUUUUUGUGCCAUAUUGUUGCACAAAGUUUUCACUUCUUUGCAAAAUAAGUGGUCUCUGUAAAUGUGCAUUACGCCCAGUUUUGAUUUGUUUGUGUAGCCACAAUUAAAUUUUCUAGAGUAAUAAACAAAAGGAGGGAAACCAAGGCCCCACAAAGAAAAACUGUAUUUGUAGUUCUGUGCAUCUUUUACCCUGACUUCACAAAGGAGAAUAAAGUGACAUAGAUAUAAGCUGAUAAGACAGGAGUCAACAUCAGACUGACUUUUACUGGCUGCAGAGAGCUCAGAGUACAGGUAGGGUGGAUGCUGAAUUAGGCGCUGUUAGAGGGUGCCUCAAUGAAAAAAUCUACUAAAAUUUAUUUAGUUCAGUCAUGCUCCUUUAGAUUAAAUAUGCCUGCAAGUUGAUUUAGACUUUAUGUUUAAAGUCUGAACCAAAACAAGCCUUAAGGCAGGACUUUGUGUCAGAUCGAUAAAAGCUGGUUGUGAUAAGCUUUAAAAUAUUCCAUUGUGUUUGAAAUCAUGGGAGGAUUCUUGAAAAGAAAUUGGCCGCUUUGCACUGACUGAAUCUAUACCCCAUGCUGAUUUCAGAGAGAUGUAACGAGAACAAUUCCAACUCUUUCUGCUAUGACAAACAAGGCUUGACCCCAUUCUUCUGGGGCUUGUUUUGGGAGGAGGAUUACAGGGAGACGGGACGCUGACCUCCCCCCACAAAGUUUUCCAGUAAUACGAGAGCCCAGAUCCCACAUCAGUUUCUGGCCGGCUGUGAGUGUUUGGCUCACAUGAGGACAUUCAUUCAUCUGCAUUAGUCACUGCAGCUGUAUGAUCUUUUAUUAACAUGACACACUAUC